ACUCAGGCAAGCACGAGCUGUCCCUAAACCUCCCUCUCCACCUUGAACAUUUGCACUCGUUCGACCUUCAUCGCGAUAUCGCAGUCGCUUGUUGUCUUGCAUUGCAUUGUCUUUGUUUUAAAGUCGUGUUUUACGCUUCAGAUCCUCUUCUAAUUCAACCUUUAUCUUCCCGUACCCAAAUCAACAACUUCAAGAUGGCUUCUGCAACUGCCGAGAACGCUUCACCGAUUGGUAUUGCCAAUCUGCCCAACCAGCGACACAAGAUUGUCGCGAAGCGCGGUGCCGGUUUCACUAUUAUGGUUGCUGGCGAGUCUGGUCUGGGCAAGACUACCUUCAUCAACACUCUUUUCUCCACCACCAUCAAGAACUAUGCCGACCACAAGCGCCGUCACCAGAAGCAGGUUGAUAAGACUGUCGAGAUCGAGAUCACCAAGGCCGAGCUCGAGGAGAAGUUCUUCAAGGUCCGACUGACCGUCAUCGACACACCCGGAUUCGGCGACUACGUUAACAACCGCGAUUCUUGGAUGCCCAUUAUCGAGUUCCUCGACGACCAGCACGAGUCUUACAUGCUUCAGGAGCAACAGCCCCGCCGCCAGGACAAGAUCGACCUCCGUGUCCAUGCCUGCCUUUACUUCAUCCGCCCUACCGGCCACACCCUCAAGCCUCUCGAUAUUGAGGUCAUGAAGCGUCUCUGCUCGCGUGUCAACCUUAUCCCCGUUAUUGCCAAGGCCGACACCCUCAGCCCCGCCGACUUGGCCAAGUUUAAGCAGCGCAUUGUCUCUGUCAUUGAAGCCCAGAACAUCAAGAUCUACCAGCCCCCGAUCGAGGAGGACGAUGAGGCUGCCGCUCAGCAUGCCCGCAGCCUUAUGAACGCCAUGCCUUUCGCUGUUAUCGGCUCCGAGAAGGACGUCAAGACCGGUGAUGGCCGCAUUGUCAAGGGCCGACAGUACUCUUGGGGUGUUGCCGAGGUUGAGAAUGAGGACCACUGCGAUUUCAAGAAGCUCCGCUCUAUCCUGAUCCGAACACACAUGCUCGACCUUAUUCACACCACCGAGGAGUUGCACUACGAGGCUUACCGCGCUCAACAGAUGGAGACCCGCAAGUUCGGCGAGGCUCGUCCCCGAAAGCUCGACAACCCCAAGUUCAAGGAAGAGGAGGAGGCUCUCCGAAAGCGUUUCACCGAGCAGGUCAAGAUCGAGGAGCAGCGUUUCCGUCAAUGGGAGCAGAAGCUCAUCUCCGAGCGCGACCGUCUCAACAAGGAUCUCGAGCAAACCCAUGCUCAGAUCAAGCAGCUCGAGCAAGAGCUGGAGCAGAUGCAGGGCAGCGCUGUCCGCAGCCACGGUCGCCGCUAAACGAUCUCGAGCAGGCCUUUAUGCACACUUGCAUG